AUGGAUAAUGAAGUGCUACCCGUUGGCGACAUAUCAGAAUCGAAUGGAAAACGUAAUUUUUAUUUUAGUUUAAAAUCAGACAACUCUCUCAACGAAGAUUAUGUUUACCAAUUGGAAUACGAAAAGCGCAAAUACAUCGAUCAGAUAGAAAACCUUCAACAGCAACUGGAUUUAUCAGAUAGAAGGAAUGCCGAACUUUCUGAAGACAUAACCUCACUAAAUAUUCUCAACCACCGUUUUAAAGAUGCCGUUGACGAGAACAGAAGUCUUCACGAUGCUAUUGAUAUGUUAACCCAAUCCGAAGUAAAUUUAAAAGAACGCUGUCGACAAUUAAGUUCUUCCCUUGCUGACUGUGAACUGAAAUGCUCUGAAAAAGAACAGGAAUUAAAAAGCUUAGAGACUAAUCUGCAAAAUAUUAAGGAACACGAAGCUCAUUUAGAUGAUACUGGCUAUCAUACCAGUGAACCCGUUUCACAGCUUCAUAUGUCAAAUUUUGAUAUGAAUAAAUGUGAGUGCAAGAGUAUCGGCGAAGAGAUUGUAGAUGCCUUAAAUGAAUGCUCUGUGUACGAGGUGAUCAAUGAAACAGAGCACACUACAAAUGAGGAUAAAGAGGUAAUUCAAACUGAAGGCGAGCUAUUUGAACAAUCACCUAUUCUUCAGACGGAGAGUGCAGUCAAUAUGCGAAGGUGA